GGCUGCUCCACAGUUACACGUCGGGGCCUGCUCAGCCCCGGUGGGCCCUGAGGCUUCUGUGAGGAAGGGCCAGGCUGAAGGUGGCUGAACGCCCGCUGCCUGCUGGAGCUCCUGGAGCUGUCCUCCUGACGUUGAUCCUUUCCUCCCAAUCCAGCACCUCUCCUUGGUGCUUACUUUUUUUUUUUUUUUUGGCCAUGCUGCUGGGCCUGUGGGAUCUUAGUUCCCCUACCAGGGAUUGAACCCGGGGCCUGGCAGUGAAAGUGCCGAGUCCUAACCCCUGGACCGCCAGGGAAGUCCCUGGCGCUUAUCGUUGUAGAGUUGUCACCUAGCAACACAUCACUACGUUUACCACACGUAAAGGGACGUAAUACCACGUGGCUUCCACUCUAGGCAGGGCUCUGGGGUCAGAGACGCCAGGCUGCUUCGCUCAGCACCACCCUUCCUGCCUGAGGACAGGGAACUGGCAUCCGCUCUCCCCAGAGCAGCCAAGACAGAACGAAGGCAGCAGCAAAGGAAGUUCGGGAGGCCUUAGGACCCAAAGGCGGCAGAAGCCCUGACCCAGCCCUGUCGUAGGCACAGAGCCGCAGGCGGGGGUGAUUUGAGCAGCAGGAAGGAACAGGGACGGGGAGUGACCCUCAGUGUCCUCCCCGGGCCUUGGUUUCCAAAACUUUACCCCCGGCAGGAUGAACUAAUCUUUACUUACACCCCGGUCAGAAGCUGCUCUCCUCAAGCUUCUCGUCUUUCACAGUCUGACCCCAAACUCCUCCUGAAAGUGCCCUCGGCUGCCUGCAUCUGCGCUCGUCUCCCGAUGCCGCACCCACGGCCCGGGCGCAGGCCCCCACUACCACUGUGGGUCUCGUCGUGGGUGUCUUGCUGGCCUUUGGGAGCUCCCUGAGAGCCGGCGGCACGUGCAUGCCCCCCCUCGGCGCCCAGCGUCCGACCCCACGCCGGCACCCACACCACGGGCUAACAAGAACCGUGGGAAGGAGGGAGGGGGCGGCAGCUGGCUGGACCCCACUUCGCCCCCUGCAGAUGACGGCAGCGACCCCCGGCGCGAGGCGCCACCCGGCGCGGACCCCAGGGAGUACUGCAUGUCAGACCGCGACAUCGUGGAGGUGGUGCGCACCGAGUACGUGUACACGCGGCCCCCGCCCUGGUCCGACACGCUGCCCACCAUCCACGUGGUGACGCCCACCUACAGCCGCCCGGUGCAGAAGGCUGAGCUCACGCGCUUGGCCAACACGCUGCUGCACGUGCCCAACCUGCACUGGCUGGUGGUGGAGGAUGCGCCGCGCCGCACGCCGCUGACCGCGCGCCUCCUGCGCGACACCGGCCUCAACUACACGCACCUGCACGUGGAGACGCCGCGCAACUACAAGCUGCGCGGGGACGCGCGCGACCCGCGCAUCCCGCGCGGCACCAUGCAGCGCAACCUGGCCCUGCGCUGGCUGCGUGAGACCUUCCCGCGCAACGCCAGCCAGCCCGGCGUCGUGUACUUCGCGGACGACGACAACACCUACAGCCUGGAGCUCUUCGAGGAGAUGCGCAGCACCAGGCGCGUGUCCGUGUGGCCUGUAGCCUUCGUCGGCGGCCUUCGGUACGAGGCCCCGAGGGUCAAUGGGGCCGGGAAGGUGGUCGGCUGGAAGACUGUGUUCGACCCCCACCGGCCGUUUGCAAUAGACAUGGCGGGAUUUGCGGUCAACCUGCGGCUCAUCCUGCAGCGAAGCCAGGCCUACUUCAAGCUUCGCGGCGUGAAGGGAGGCUACCAGGAAAGCAGCCUCCUGAGAGAACUUGUCACCCUCAGUGACCUGGAGCCCAAGGCAGCCAACUGCACCAAGGAGCCCCCUUCUCAGACCUGCUCCUGGCCACCUGUGCUCCCCACGCGGUGGUCCCCCCAAGGCGGACUCCUGUGGAAUCGCCGUCAUCCUCCUUCUACUCUGGGGCCUUCAGAGAGACCAGCCUGAUGCCAGGACAAAGGACAGAGACCCUAAAGCACAGAUACCCCAGACCUGUUCUGUUCCAUUUGCCCUGGCAGGGCCGGCCGGGCCAGACACCAUGGGCCCCGAGCCCGGGAGCGAUGCCAGGCUGGGAGGGGGCGAAAGACCCCGGCAGUCCGGCAGAGGGCUCCCCGGCUCCCCCUCGAGGCCCCGUGACCACACAGGACACCUGGCCAGGGACUGCGGAAGACAGCAAGCGGCCCCCGCCCCCGGCGUCAGGAACGAGCUGCUCCGGGAGAUGCAGCCCCUCCGGGGCCGGC